CUUGUUUGGUUGAACAAAGCGGCCCGCUCCUCGAUACCACAGUCUGCCGGCUACGGAAUACAACGACAAAGCAUCAUGAGCUCCCCAAGGUGGCGGAUUGUCAUCGGCUGCGAUGACGCUGGCGUCAACUACAAGAACAAGAUCAAAGCCGACUUCGAAGCCGACCCCCGCGUCAUCUCGGUCGUCGACGUGGGCACGGACGACAAGACGGCUUACCCGCACAUCGGGGCUGCGGCGGCCAAGCUGGUCGCGUCUGGGGAGUGCGACAGGGCGCUGCUGAUCUGCGGGACGGGGCUCGGCGUCGCCAUCGCAGCCAACAAGAUCAAGGGCAUCCGGGCCGUCACGGCGCACGACAGCUUCUCGGUCGAGAGGGCCGUGCUCAGCAAUAACGCGCAAGUGCUGUGCAUGGGGGAGAGGGUGGUAGGGUUGGAGCUCGCGAGGAGGCUGGCCAAGGAGUGGUUGGGGUAUGUGUUUGACGAGAGCAGUCCAAGUGCCGCCAAGGUGGCGGCUAUUCAUCAGUAUGAGGAGGGGGAAGGGGGUUUGUCGGGGCAAGAAGAGGUCAAGGGGUGUUGAGAUGAAGGGCAAUACGAAAGGACUUGGGGUGCCUGUCUCUCCAGCGCUGAUUGUGCUGCUGUUUUGUUUGACCAGUUGUCACGAAGCAAGAUGGGACGAUGGCUGGUUGUGUGAGUCUGCCCCUUAUUUCCCAAAAGGGCAACCCGAGCCUCGCAAUCCAGUGAAUCCACAUCGGACUCGUUUCCCCAAGCGAAUCAGCCCUUUUGCAUCCUUUGACUUUUUGACAGGUAUCCACAUCAUACGGAGAAAUCCACUUGCCUCUGCAUCCGUGCCGUUGACGGGCCCGUGUUGUGGUUACUUCGCUGGUGUCGGGCCGAGCGGGGCCCACAUCACAAAAACAGCCGGGACUA